UCUGACAGGAAGGCUUUUCUUGAUCCGGUAGUAGUUGCUGGUGCAAUGUAAUUAAACAAAGUACACAUCGUGUGUUAUGCUUGUUCUGGCUUUAAACAGGUUAUCGUGUCAAUUGAAUCAUAAAACCAUGCGAACCGAUGUUACGAUCGCGACAGGUCUAUCUGGCAGAGUGGAGGGGUCAGAAGAUGGCUCUGUCCAAACUAUCUUCUCUGGAUUACCUGGAGGAUUUUCUCCAUGGAUUGUCCAUGUUGCAGGCCUUGCAGGGCCCACAGGUGGUGCAGUUAGUGGGGUUUUGCCUUGAAGACCACACCCUGGUCACAGAGCACCACCCACUUGGCCCACUGCUUAACUUGGAUGGUGUUCUUGCACAAGAGCAGCACCAGCAAUACAACAAUUGGCAGACCCGGCUGAGGCUUGCUAUAGAUUAUGUCUUCAUCCUCCAUUAUCUCCAUAACAGCCCAGUUGGGCGGAGGGUUAUGUGUGAUUCCAACAGCCUGGAGAAAACUCUCUCCCAGUUUCUGCUGACAAGUGACUUUCACCUGGUAGUGAAUGAUCUUGAUGCGCUACCUGAGGCGGACCCAUCCAGAGGCUUGUUGGUUAAAUGUGGUCACCGGGAGCUCACUGGGGACUUUGUUGCCCCAGAGCAACUUUGGCCAUUCAGAAAUGAAGGGAAGCUAUUUUCAGACGAUCUCAUGCCUAAGUAUGAUGAGAAGACAGACAUCUGGAAAAUCCCAGAUGUGGCAUGGUUCCUGAUGGGAAAGGUACCUGGAGGGGAUGUAGUCCACUUUCAUCUUUUUCAGAUCCACAAGGAGUGUAAGAAGGAAGACCCCAAGCUCCGCCCUUCAGCAUUGGAUGUUUUGAAGGUGUAUAAAUCGGUUUAUAGCAGCAUGGUGCAAGACCAUGCUGGCUUUAGAGACAUGCUGUAGAGUUGUAGAGCUGUAUUUGUCCUCAUGUCUGACUUGCAAAAGACCAUGAACUUACAAUAAAAAUUCAAGCUACAGUUUUACAAUGUGCAGUAUAAUAAAUGCUACUUGGUAUGGAACCAA